GCGAGGCAGACAUAUAGUUUACCAGAGACUUUCUUGUCUCCGUCAAGGACAAGAACAAGAACAAGAACAAGAACGAAGCAAGAGAGACAGAGCAUGAAGUUCGCAGUAAAGGCAUGGAACAACGGAAGGGCACGUUCAGGGGUGCUGCAGCUGGGCCGCUGCCCGAGCCCAAUAGAGACACCUUCUCUUCUCCUUUCUACACGUAAAGGGCUGCCCUUUUUUAUCCCCCCUGACUUCCUUCCCUCUCUUCCUUCUCCUGAUUCCCAUCUACUCCAAGUCUGCCCCUUGCACUUUUUGGAAGGCCUUUCACCUAAAACGAUAUCAAAUAUUGGAGGACUUCAUCAAAUGCUUGGUCUGCAUGACUAUGUACUUGCAGCUGUAGGAAGGGACUCUAUUCAAUGCCUUCCAGAGUGUAACAGCACAAACAAAAUUGGAGCAUCAUUUGAGACUCCUUGCGGUCGUCUUUUGAUUAAACCUGUAGAAUACAUGGAAUUGAUUUCUUCAUUGAGGCCGAAUCUAUGGGCCACUUUGGCUGAUGAAGUGCCUACUUGGGUAUCUGAAAAGAGAAACAAGACCUCGGUGGAUCGAACUAUAAGAUGGCUUGAUGAAUGCAUUGCAUUAAGCCCAGCAGGUGGAGCUGUUUUUGGAGCCAUUGUUGGAGGGUCUAGUAUAGAAGAACGCCAGCGAUGUGCACAAGAGGUAGCCGGUCGAAAUGUAUCAGGUUUCUCCAUCUUUUCAAUUAACUUAAGUUAUUUGUGAAGAAGAUUCGGUCAUUGCUUGGAGAAGUUACAGUUGAUGAUGCCAACAUAAUCUCUCCAGCUCCUCACUUAUAUCUUUCCAUGUUGUUAGUGUUUACUGUAUAGACCACCAACAUGGUCAUCUAAGCAUUAGUCUUAUAUUUCCUUGUGAUUUUUUGUUGUAUUUAAUGAAUGUUGUUGUUUCUAAACAGAAAAAAAAAAAAAAAAAAACCACAUACCUUUGUGCAAGAAGUAGGAAAUAAAACCCAUCCUCCUUUCAAUUAUCCAUUGCUAGAAUCAUUUGAAUUUUUUUUUGUCUAUGCAUAGUUUUAGUGGUAUUAAGUGAUUAUUUUAGGAUAUUGGCCUGUUUUAAUCGAUUAUUAUAGGAGAUUGGCUUCACUUUGGAAUUAUUUUUGGUUAUCUAUUUUUCUUUGAACUUGACCACAA